AUGCGCUUUCAUGCAGUGUUGCCCGUGCUCUUCGCCAUCUCACCUACUCUAGCCAUUCCUCCGCCGGACUUUGGCUUCCCUGAAGCACCCAACGACACUGCGCUUUCGAUCACCUACCAGGACAAUGGCAAUCCCAUUCUUGUCACUGAGGCGGAACUAUUUGGAAUCGAGAUUACCUCGGAAGAACCCACGGUGGCUGUCGAGACCUCCAGAUUCGAGUCCAUUUCCAGCUACAAUGGAUCAUACGUCCUCCUGAUGGUUGAUCCUGAUGCAAGAUACCCUCAAGACCCGACCGCUCGAUUCAUCUUGCAUUGGCUGCAAACCGAUAUGACACCCGGGACACAAGCUGCUGAUGGAACUAGCCAACUCAUCAAUUCCACUCAACCGCGAGCUCCCUACCUACAUCCUUCUCCUCCGACGAACUCUUCUGCCCAUCGGUACAUUCUCUAUACUUUCUUUCAGCAUCAUAAUUUCACAUUUCCCCCUGCCUUUGAGGGCUACAACGCUACAAAUAGGACAAAUUUCAAUUUGACAUUGUUCUUGGAUGACUCGAAUUUGGGUCGAACACCGGCUGCCGCCAUGUAUUUCUUUGUCAGUAACCAGACUCAAGUCCCCCAGGACUUUACUGCGGCAGCAGGAGGGACGUAUCCAGGCGGAAAUGGGGAUAUGAUAACAGCCGGUCCGGGUCCCAGCAUCACGCCUGCCAGCCCGGGAGCAUCCGUGACAGUAACAGGCUCUGGCAGCUCUGAAGCAAGCAGCGUGUCUCAGACCGCUACGGCAACGGGAUCUGCCGCUUCGGCCUCCGCCACAGGUGGUGCUGCUCACAAAACGGUUGCCUCUGUUGUUCUCCUUUUGGGUUGCUCCAUGGCACUGUUGAAUGUGAUAUGA